UGAUCUAUAUAAUAGAUAAGUUGCUUCUCCGAACCAAGACUAUAAAACUUUCUAAGCACCUUCAAACUAUAUAGGAGCUAAGUAUACACAUAAAUCAAACAUAGAGAUCAUGGCAGAGAAAAGCAAGAUCUUAGUCAUCGGAUCUACCGGAUACAUUGGCAAAUUCCUGGUGGAAGCCGCUGCAAAACAAGGCCAUCAGACGUUUGCCUUGGUGAGAGAAAGUGCAGUUUCAGACCCUGUCAAAGGAAAGCUCAUUGAGAGCUUUAAAGCCUCCGGAGUUACAGUCGUCUAUGGAGAUCUCCAUGAUCAUGAGAGUUUAGUAAAGGCCAUUAAGCAAGUGGACGUGGUCAUCUCAGCGGUGACUUUCGGACAGAUACUUGAUCAAUCCAAGAUUCUUGAUGCUAUUAAAGAAGCUGGAAACGUCAAGAGAUUCAUUCCCUCAGAGUUCGGAAAUGAUGUGGAUCGUACAAAUGUCGUGGAGCCUGCAAAAACUAACUUUGCCGAAAAAGCUAAAAUCCGCAGAGCAAUUGAGGCUCAAGGCAUCCCCUACACCUAUAUCAUCUCUGCUUGUUUUGCAGGAUAUUUUCUUCCUACGAUGGCUCAGCCAGGAGCCACUGCUCCACCGAGAGACAAAGUCGUGAUCCUGGGAGAUGGAAGUGCCAAAGCUGUGUUUAACUUGGAACAAGAUAUUGCCACCUACACUAUUAAAACAGUGGACGACCCGAGAACCGUUAACAAGUCCCUCUACAUCAAGCCUCCUCACAAUAUCCACUCCUUCAACGAUCUAGUUACCUUGUGGGAGAAGAAGAUCGACAAGGUUCUUGAAAAGAUUCAUGUUCCAGAGGAGCAUGUUCUAAACCAAAUCCAAGGGUCAGCACCACCGAUGAAUUUGAUAAUUUCAAUCAGCCAUGCGGUAUUUGUUAAGGGAGAUCAAACCAAUUUCGAGAUAGAGGCUUCAUUUGGACACGAGGCUUCUCAGCUCUACCCUGAUGUCAAGUACACAACCGUUGACGAAUACCUCCAGCAGUUUGUUUGAGCUUCAUUCAUAAUACUAUGAUGAUCUACUUGUCAUGUUUCUUAGUAAAAUAAAUAAAGGAUGCGUGUGUGCGCUUUGUACUCUGUAGUUCUCUAGUAGUGUCAGUACUGGAUAUAAAACAGCCUGCUCAUGGUUUGGUAUGUUAUCUUUAUUUGAGUUUAUAAUGUUUUUAUGUUGAUGUUGUUUACACUUUAUGUGUGACAUUGAACCAUUGAUCGCAAAGUAUGGCUUAUUGGCUUGUCUUUUUUACA